GAAAUAUUUCUCGUCGGACCGCUUCAGCAUGACCAACAAAAUAUAAAUAACGUUAAACAUUUGUAGACUUUCCUUCUAAAUUAACUCAUAUUUCAUUCAAAACGCACCAACAUUAAUAUUUAAGCGGAAUAUUAAUUACUGUCGCAUCAUCAGCGUGAACACGACAUGCAUUCAGAGUGAAGUCGCGCUUUAUUUUCACACAGUGAGCUGUUUGUUUUGGUUUCAUUUCUAGAGAAUUUGAGUGUGUUUAAAGAUGGCAGGACUGGAGCUGCUCUUUAACUGCGUUUCAAACUCUUUAACGUGUACCCAAGAUGCUCUGAUUUGUUUUGUACACUGGGAGAUAGUGAAAAGUGGCUAUAAAUGUUUGGGCAUUGGAGAUGAGCCCAAAGAUGGAGAGAAGAAGACAGAAUUGCUUCCUUCAGGCUGGAAUGAAAGCAAAGAGCUUUAUGCGCUCAGAUACAGAUCAAAUGAUGACAAAUCCAACCUACUCCUCAAAGCCUUCACAGUGGAUUCAAGCCUGAUCUUCAAUUUAAUGGAUUCCACAACUGAAAAAGUGACUGAUCUCACAAUGAACCUUAGCGAGUAUGUUGAUGAGGCCAAUCUGCACACAUUUGAAAGCGUGUUUAAAAACACAGAUGAGUUGACUGCGAAACUGAAGUCCUCGCUGCUGCCUUCCAAAAAAGAGGAGCGUCAAGGAAAGACAGAGAAGAAGACAGAAAGAGGACGAGCAUCCAACUUAAGGGACCCAGACAGUGAUCCUCUCCUGAUCCCAACCAGAGGCCCUCCAGCCAGACACCCUGCAAACUGGCCUGACCCCAUGGCUCCAUUUGCAGCCGGUGGUGCAGAUCUGGACCCUUUUGGGGGACGAGCAGGAGGAAUGAUUGUUGAUCCAUUACGGGCCGGGUUUCCUCGCUCAGGCUUCGACCCGUCCUCUGGUAUUCCUGGCGUCCUUCCUCCGGGUGCGGUCCCUCCUGGUGCCCGAUUUGACCCCUUCGGUCCGGUCGGGCGACACAGACCCGGGCCAGACCCUGAUCACAUGCCCCCUCCAGGAUAUGAUGACAUGUUCAUGUAGAGUCAAGAGGAUUCACUAACAUCCCAUAAUUCCCCCUCUGCUCUGCAGUGAUUUGCACUUUGUGUUUGAAUAAACUUGCAUCUCUUUUCCAAAUAAUAAUAACAAUGCAAUUGGUUUUUUGCUUUU